AAGGGUCCCCAUUUUUAUUGAAUUCUAAUUUUUAGGGACAGUUAAAAUAUUUUGGUCCUCUAAUUUUGUUCCCUUACAUUCCUUUUUUUGUAGUAUACAACUCACAUUCCUUUUAUUCCAAUUCCAAAAAGGUAUCAUUUUUAAGCAUUUUUUGUUUCUGUUUUUGGUUUGUUUCAUAACUUACUCAGUUGAUGACAAAUUUUCUAAUUAUAGAAAUAAUUUGUUAGCUUUCAGAAAAAACAGCAAUACCCUUAUGCAUAAUGUGAGCUAAUUCUUGUCUCUCAUUUUAGAAUUCUUGGUUUAAGUUAUUAUAGCCACAUUUUGCUUGUAUUACUCAAUUUUUAUUGUUUUUUAGAGUUUUUUUUAUUGAUUUGAGGAUCUGGGUUCUUGUAAAUUGUCAAAAUAAGAUUUGGGUAUCAAUUAGAAUUUGUAAUAUCAUUGAAUUGAUGAUCUGGGUCCUUUGUAUCCUAGUUUUUACAUCAAAAAGUUCAAGAAUUUGAACUUUUUCAAGUAUUGUAUUGUGGAAUUGGAGACAAAUUUGGAAAUUCUGGAGUUUGGUAUAGGCAUGUUUUGAUUGAUGAUUUUGAAGCUGAUAAAACCACUCUCAGUGUUGAGAAUCAAGAGACACUGGAUUGAAAUUAUGGGGUGCAUUUGCUCGAAAGGAACUCGAGCAAAUGAAAGUGUAGAGAAUGAUUGUGUGAGCAAAGAAAUAACUAAAUAUGGGAAGCAUUCGGUCUCUUGUUCUAAAAGAGAUGAAGCUGUAGCACAAACUGAUAGUGGUAAUGAUGUUACAACAAGUUUGAUAUCGAAUCAACCGAAAAAUAGUAACGGUGGAUCCACUUCUAUGUCAUCUGAUGACGAGGAUAAGAAAAAACCUUCGACGGGCAAUGAUCAUAAGGUGUCUAGGAUAUUAACUUUGUCUCAUGGUGAAAAAGGAGCACAGGUUGUUGCUGGUUGGCCUUCUUGGCUGAGUGCUGUGGCUGGAGAAGCCAUCAAUGGAUGGGUGCCACGGAAGGCGGAAUCAUUUGAGAAGUUGGGUAAGGUUGGACAAGGAACUUACAGCAGUGUAUAUAACGCCCGUGACCUUGAAACAAACAAAAUAGUUGCUCUGAAGAAGGUUCGAUUUGCUAAUAUGGAUCCUGAAAGCGUUCGUUUCAUGGCAAGAGAAAUAAUUAUUUUACGCAGGCUUGAUCACCCAAAUGUGAUGAAGCUUGAAGGAAUAAUUACUUCAAAAAUGUCCGGUAGUUUAUACCUUAUAUUUGAAUACAUGGAGCAUGAUCUUGCAGGACUUUUAGCAACACCAGGAAUUAAGUUCACCGAAGCACAGAUCAAGUGUUACAUGAAACAACUACUUCAUGGACUUGAGUACUGCCACAGUCGCGGAGUUUUGCACCGUGACAUUAAGGGUUCAAAUCUUUUGAUCGACCAUAACGGCGUCCUUAAGAUUGGUGAUUUUGGGCUGGCAACUUUUUAUAACCACCCUCAGAAGCAGCCUCUAACAAGUCGUGUGGUAACAUUAUGGUACAGACCCCCUGAACUAUUGCUUGGUGCCACAAAUUAUGGAGUUUCUGUAGAUCUUUGGAGCACUGGUUGUAUUCUUGCUGAAUUGUUUGCUGGGAAGCCUAUCAUGCCUGGAAGAACAGAGGUGGAGCAACUUCAUAAAAUAUUCAAACUUUGUGGAUCACCAUCUGAAGAGUAUUGGAAGAAGUCAAAGCUACCACAUGCAACAAUAUUUAAACCUCAACAACCCUAUAAACGUAAAGUUUCCGAGACAUUCAAGGACUUCCCUUCGUCUACAUUGGCCCUUUUAGAUGUCCUCCUUGCAGUAGAACCUGAGGGCCGUGGAACAGCUCAUUCAGCACUUAGUAGUGAGUUCCUUACUACACAGCCUUUUCCUAGUGAACCGUCAAGUUUGCCCAAGUACCCACCAAGUAAGGAGUUUGAUGUGAAGCUUCGAAAUGACGAUGCUAAAAGGCGGAAAGGACAUGGAAGUAAAGGACGUACACAAGAAUCAACUAGAAAGAAUUCCAAAGGAUCUAAAGCGGCGCCAGCACCAGAUGCCAUUUCAGAUUUGUCAGCAUCCACUCAGAAGCGACAAUCACAGUCUAAUGCUAAAAGCGUUGGUGGAAAAUUAAAUUUGGAAGAAGAAGGUAGUUCUUCUAGCUUCCCCAUUGAUCCUCCAGAUGGAGCAGCAAAGAACGUCCACCCUCAUUCAGGGCGGUCAAUGCAUCCGACGAUCCUUGGAACUUCAUCACGUGGUAUAAAUGCUCACGGGAAUGAGGCUCACGGGGCUUCCACCCAAGAAUUUUCUUCUCCUAAGAAGAGUCAAGAAUUGAAAAAUCAAAGAUCUUUUAUUCAACGGGGCUCAUCCCAGUUGUCGAGAUUUUCAAAUUCUGUUGCACUUAGAGGCAGUUCAAAGUUGGAUAGUGGCAGUGCAACAACUAAUGCAAGUCCACACUGGCAAGAGGAUCGUUAUAAUCCUCGAUAUAACCAUCUAGAUGAUUCCUCCUCCCACCAUUUAUUAAAUAGACCAAAGUUCUCGAGUAAGGAGGGUCGGCCGUCUGGCUUGGAAUCUACGACGGGUUCCUACCAAAAGAGAGGCCGAAUGCACUAUUCUGGACCGUUGAUGACAGGAGCAGGAAACAUUGAAGAGAUGCUUAAAGAGCAUGAAAAACUAAUCCAGGAAGCUGUUCGUAAAGCACGUUCAGACAAGGUUAAUAAAGGAUACAAUGGAAUUGAACAAACAGAAUUAUUAUUACACCACGGGAGGACUCGAAGGUGAAACUGGAGAAGAAACUGAUGAUUUUCCUUUAUUGAUCAACGGGAGCAUUUGCAACAAGACGUAAUUGUCAGGUAUUGCUUUUGAAGUGUUAUGAAUCUCAACUCGAGAGUAGACUCGAGGUUUGAGGGUAUCAUGCGCCAGGUAAGUUCAUCUCGGAAAAGUAAAAGAGAUUCAACCCGUGAAAUCCCUGUAGAUAUUUCAGAAAUGUGAUUACUUCGAAAAGCCAUUUGAAUCCAAAACCAUACAUAGUGUAGGGCGAGAGUGGUUUCUUUCGAUGCAUCGGCCAUUGAUUUGAUCCUGAAAGAGACAGAAUCUCUCUUUGCUUCUGGAAUUAAUUAUUCCUUUGUACAGCUGCAAUGAAUGAAUUCAUUCAUUGUCUUGAAUAUUGCAUCUCAUUGCCUUUAAAUUAUAAUAAUAUAAACCAAAGUGCUUAAAACACCA